GUACUGGGUCCCUGCUACGUACUGGCUGCUACUUGCCGAUUGCGUUGCCGAGCAUUCCAACACAGCGUCGGUGCGAGGCUUCCAUGAUGCUGAUGCUGCGGCUCAAUGAUGCUUUCUGUGCUGCCCGCUCGCCCUGACUGCAGCUUCCAGUUGGCAUCCACUGUGGAAGGGAGAGGCUGGACACCGGGAGACACCGGGAGACACCGAGAGACACCGGGAGACACCGGGAGACACCGGCAGACACCGGCAGGCUGGACGCUGCAAACCAAGACCAUCUUCAUCCGCAACAUAACCUGCUGAUCACAUUCCGGUGAGCUCAGCCUUCCAAAGGAAUGUCCAGAGCAAAAUCAAGGAUCUGCUAGAGCAGAUGGAGGAGGGCCUGAAGACCGCCGACCCCCAUGAUUUCUCCACGUACACCGGCUGGACAGGAAUUGCUUUGCUGUACGUGCAGCUGCACCGCGUGUCCAAUGAGCUGUCCCAUCUGCAACGGGCACUGGACUACGUCAAACGAGCGAUGAGAGUUCUGAAUGGCCGAAAAGUGACGUUCCUUUGCGGCGAUGCCGGGCCUUUAGCAGUGGGUGCAGUGGUCCACCACAAGCUGGGAAACCCUAGCGACAGCAAAGACUGCCUCGCCAGGCUUCUCCAGCUGCAGCGCUCGGUGCUCAGUCCAGAUUCAGAGAUGCCGGAUGAGUUGCUGUAUGGACGAGCCGGGUACCUGUAUGCUCUGCUCUACGUUAACAGCCAGCUAGGGAACGCCGCUGUGGAGGAUGCCACCAUUGCAGAAGUAGCCACGGCCAUCAUCCAAUCAGGGAAGAAUCUGUCGGUGGAGCUAAAGAAGGCCGACCGCUGCCCUCUACUCUAUGAAUGGCACAAGAAACAAUAUGUUGGUGCUGCCCACGGCCUGGCUGGAAUCUUCCACACGCUCAUGCAGCCUGGAGCAAAGGUCCACCCAGACAUGCUCUCAGAGUUGGUCCGGCCCAGCAUCGACUACAUCCGCCACAAAAGGUUUCGUUCCGGUAACUUCCCAUCGUCGCUGAGCAACGAGAGCGACCGACUGGUUCACUGGUGCCACGGAGCGCCCGGGGUCGUCCACAUGCUCAUCAUGGCUUACAAGGUGUUUCAGGAGGAGAAGUACCUGAAGGAAGCGCUGGAAUGUGGUGAGGUCAUCUGGCAGAGAGGUCUCCUCAGAAAAGGCUACGGCGUUUGCCACGGCACUGCCGGCAACGGCUACGCCUUCCUGUCUCUGUACAAGCUAACCCAGGAGAAGAAGUACCUGUACCGUGCCUGCAAGGUAAGACUCGGGGAGCUCGGCUUCCUGUGUGUUCCUCUCCUUGGAAACAAACACGCGUCUUUGGCUGCUCUUCCAUCCCGUCCAAUUCACGUUGUUCCUGUAUCACCACAUCCCUUUCCUCCUGCUCCCCUCCUGCUCCCCGCGGCCCUGGCUUGGUGGAAGGCAGGCUUUAGCACAUCUUCCAACGCUUCCUUUUUGAGAGCUGACAUUUUUUCUUCUACCUUGGUGUGCAUGAUCAUUUCCUCGUUCAAAUCCUUGAUGUAGCACUUCCUCUCCGUGUUUGGUACUUUAUCCAAUCCUGCACGUGUCUUUUGCUGCCAUAUCCCCUUUCCUUGGUCUAUUUUUGGCACAACUCCAUCAUACAUUGAAGUGAUUUCCAUUUGUGUUCUCCAUCACGUUGUACAUAAGAUAAGACUUCCAUGUUGAGGCUGUGGUGGGAUUGCCAUGUCCAGAUAUUUGAUUAUUGCUUGGACCUUGUGUGUGCUAGCCUGACAAAAGGUCCAAAACGUGGGUGUCUAACAUCACGUUGAAGAUGAUCAUAUCCAUGUUAUGAAGCAAUGUGCUCCACUUCUUCUAGUUUGCCGAGUGGUGUUUGGACUAUGGGACCCAUGGAUGUCGCAUCCCGGACAGACCCUACUCUCUUUUUGAAGGUAGCUAGCACGCAUGUCUCAUGGAAUUAGGAACAUAUUCAGUCUGCUCACCUUGCCUCCAUCAUGACUCCGUGGCAUAAAGUGUCCAGGAGGUUCUUGUCCAUCCAUCAUGACUCCGUGGCAUAAAGUGUCCAGGAGGUUCUUGUCCAUGACGGUGAUGUACCGACAUAGCUGACACGUUGUUCCUCCUCUCAGGUAUGGCGGGGACCAUCCACUAUCUGUCAGAAAUGGCUGCUCCUGAAGCUUCCCGCUUCCCGGCUUUUGAACUUUGACCUGCUCACUGCUGGGAACUGGAAAGAGAACAUACUGAAAUCUUCUCGAUUAUUUUGGUGUUUGAUUGGAUGAAAUAUCAAACGUACCAAGUAUGUUGGGAUGACAUUUUCAAAGCUUUGUUCCUUGGACCAAAUCAUCCACACGGAAGAGCAGUUCCAAGAAAUAAAAUAGCAGCCUUUAAUAGCAAGCAAGAACAAACAAAGCAGUCCAAGUACUAACCCAGGAGAAGAAGUACUUCAUGCUCCCUCACCGCAGUGCUGGCAUGUCUUCCUCCAACCCAUUUCAGCCCAUGCACCACACACAUUGCAUAUUGGAAGGUGAUUGCAAGAAGCAAAUUGAAAGAAUUUCCAAAUGUACUUCUUGGUUUCAUCGAAAAGACAGACAAGUUGGGAAGGCAUCAACCCCGACAGCAGAAGACCGCACAUCUCCACAGAGCAACCCUCCCUUCAAGCACGUCAUGCUAGAGCUCUUGCGUACAAUUUUCUUGUCUCUGCACGUCUGCCGCAUCACUGCUAGGUGUUUGCCAACCAUCAAAAGUAUAUUUUACUCAAGUAAAAGGCUGUGGUGACUCAGGCCGGGUCAUGGUGGCGUCAUUGAGAGACGAGAAGAUGCAGGCUCACAUCACAGAAACAACACUAUUCAUGUCGUACUUCUGGUACUCUUGAAACCGUAGCCUUCAUCUCAAUGCUAAUCCUAAUCCUUCAUGACCUUCUCAUGCAGAUGCUUCUAUUGAUGCUGCCCCCCCGACAAUCAGACGUGAAGAUACACACGAGCCACCAAACUACUAACCUAUUUGAUGUGUUGCACAGCAAGUGUGGGUCUAAAUGCAACCCAUCUUCUUGUGUUGCCAAAACUCUGCCUUCGGCUUGGCACCAUCGCUAGGCGCACACACUGAACGGCACCGGAUUUCAUAACACUUCCUGUCCUCACUUUUAAUGUGUGUCGUGUGGUACACAUCCGUACGCUAGGAAUGCCGUACGUCUACCCGACUGCUCAACUUCCAGUAAAACACCCACAAUCUGGCUAUUAAUGUGUGCACGUGUGCACGUGUUGUGAGUGAACCAGCUGUUUGUGCGGAUGCGAGCGUGACGGCCUACUGUAUGGACAGUAGCUUCGGCAUGCGUCCACACAAAGCAGAGAAGGGACGGGCAGCCAAGGAGAGCAGGAAGAGCAAUCGGAAGCUGAAGGACAUUGUGGGGUUUCUGAAUGCCAAUCCAGCCAAAACUACACUGGAUGAAGCUUACCUUGGCUUUGUUUUUUGUUUUUUGACUGUAGCACGUUUGAGUUAAUAUUUAGUUGUUUGUCCUCUGAAUAGAUUGGACCUUCUCGCCCAAUGGUGAUGGGUCCUUUGCUUUUGGCUGAAAUCUCUGUUUCUGUUCAGCGCAAAAAUAAGAAACCUCUGAUGUUCUACUUUUACAAAUUCAAUCCACACGUUAGAAAUUUGAGAGCCAAAAGAACGUCUCCCUUAAAAGCACGACUUCCCAUCACUAAUAUGAACGUACGUAUGCAAAUGAAGCUGUGGGUGCUUUCCGAGCCAGUUGAUUCUAACGUGUGAGCUUCAGAUGUUACUUCUUGUCAUCACCGUGGAAUAUUUGAUCAUAGGACGGCGGUGGGUGGUUGCAGUAGGACGGCGGUGGAGGGUAGGCGGUCAUCAUCAUGUGGGCGGAGCCAGGCUGCUGCGGGUAUGCAGGAUGUGUGGCGGUGAGCAUCAGGUCUGCACCGGUCAUCCUGUUGACACCAAACCCCUGCAGACUUCCUGGCUGCUGGGAAACUACAAAGGAGACCAAAGUAGUAGUGCAUGGAGACCACACCACGCCUUCUGUGUGUAGACCUGCCCCAUGUGUAGUCGUAGUAGGGGAUCUAGACGGGUUCCUUGUGAAGGGCAUGAUUAUGAAUCUAAAAUAAUGACCUGGUGAAGUGACGGGAUGUCUCGUGAAGGACACGUUGAAUGCAGUCUCGUCUCUCAGAGAGGAAGGAUACAUUCUUCUCCGGAUGAAGAAGCCAGCACCACAGCAGAACAACACUGCCAUCAUUAAGAGAACCCUGAAGAACAAACAUGCCAUCAUGAGUAUAUACGGGCUGUUCCCUAGUUUUGUUCUGCUAAGGUCGUUAGCUGUGGGUGCACUCACCACUCGGUGCUAAACUUCUUACCAAUAAGGAAAAUCAUGGACUUAUUUAUUGUCUGAGGGUUAUCAAAUGUACAUUUCCCUUUCAUUGGACCAACUCUCACAUGUUCCUCCAUUUUCAAACCCAAUGACAGUCAAUCAGUGUCCACUUCAGGUUGGGAAUGAGCAUGGUUUUCCACCUUAACAUCUCAAGGACAAGAAGCCCAAGGAAUAACAAGAGUUUUAUAAAAAGACAACUUUCAUACAGAACCUGUAUGCAAAGUUCAAAAAGGUGGAGAUUGAACAUGAGAUGAACAUUGGUUAAAACAAAUAACGAAUGACAUCACAUACCGUACACAUCUGUACUCUUCAUGGACACUCCCUCCAUUUUGUAUCGAUGUGUGUAAAUACAGUACGUGUGUACACACACAGCGCAUCUACUAAUCUUAGAUGCCACUUCCCAGCAUGACGUACGAGUACUCACCAGAAGUACCAGAGUCUCUGGAUGGACAGAGCUCUGACACAGCAGCGAGUCCCACAGCAGUCCUCGUAGGAGCGACAUCUGACAAAACAUUUAGUCCUUAGAAAUAUAGCAGUAUUGCAUAUACCGCAGUACAUUUCAACAGACACUGCCAUAAAGACGUGUGGUGAUUGUACUCUGAUAUUUGUUCCAAUAAGUUCACAUGCAAUGUUGUCCAACCAAGUGGCUAAUACGCAUUUUCCAAUGUACACUACAAAG